ACUUAGCGUGCUCGCUGCUAACAAAAGACACGAAAGUGAUCAACACAUCGCCAAGUAGCGAUCAAAGUGUGAGUGUAAGGUGUUGUGAUUGUGCGAAAGUUCGAAAACUGAGUACGGGGAUAAACUUUCUCGAACAAAAGAGGAGAACGAGCGACAACGUCAACUACUGGACGCUGUUUUCAAGAAGCCUCAAGUUGUGUUACACGUAGCGGGAGCAGACAUCAGCAUAGAAGAUCUUCCCCCUGAGCAGCAGGAGUGGAGCUCCAGGAUGGAGCAGGAGGAGCCACAGCUCACCUACAUUAAAGAGGAAGAGAAGGAGCCACAGCCUUUCCACAUUAAAGAAGAACAGGAUCACAGCAUCAGUCAGGAGGCAGAGCAUCUUGAAGGGCUGGAGGAGUUCCCAGUGAUUCAUGUCAUUGUGAAGAGUGAAGAUGAUGAAGACAAAGGUGAAAGUGAGGAGAAGAGAGAGGUGGAGCCUCCAAGCAGCAGCUCAACUCAACACAUGACAACAGAAGCUGAUGGAGACCACUGUGGAGGAUCACAAGCAGACAACCUCUUAGCUCCACUAUCAGAUAGUGACGACACAACGUCACACUCUCCUGACACUGAUGAUGAAGACUGUAAAGCUGAUAUGACAUGUCACACUGACAACACACACUUUAAAUGCUCUCAAUGUGACAAAACUUUUGGUGACAAGAAAACUCUGAUGACGCACAUCAGAUGUCACACGACCAGAAACAGGACAUGCUCUCAGUGUGAUAAAACUUUUUAUGACCGUAAGAAUCUCAAAAGACACAUGAGACUACACACAGGACAAAAACCAUACAUGUGCUCAGUUUGUGGUAAAAGAUUCUCUGUGAAGGCGCAUUUGACAACACACACAAGAAUGCACACUGGAGAGAAACCUUUUUCCUGUUCAGUGUGUGGUACAGGUUUUGCACACAAAAAUGAGUUGAAAAUACACACAAGAAUACACACUGGAGAAAAACCUUUUACCUGUUCAGUGUGUGAUACAGGUUUUAGACGAAGUCACUAUUUAAAAAGACACAUGAGAAUACACACCGGAGAGAAACCGUAUUCCUGUUCAGUCUGCAACAAACGUUUUGGUGACCGAACACAUCUUGUAAGACACAUGAGACGACACACGGGUGAGAAAGUGUUUAGUUGCAGUGUGUGUCAUGAAAGAUUCUCUUAUAAGUACCAGGUUGACAAUCACAAGUGUGCUGGUGAGAACAGCAGCAGUAAAUGAAGCUGCAGGACCUCAAAUAAGCUGUCAAGACUUUGAUAACUUUGACUUUCUAACAACAUCACCACAUGUAACGUGCGUGACAUCUUUAUUGAGUGUGUAACACAAUCUUGUUAAUAUGCUUCUACCAUUUAAAUAUAAUAAAAAUAG